GUUUCGAAGUGAAAGUAACAAGAGGAAACGAACGAUUUGUGGCUUGAUUUUCCUUCCAACUCUAUGAUUUAAGGAACAAUUAUUCCGCGCGUUGACUUAUUACGCGCAUUGAUUUUGCGUGGCAUAAGUACUUUGCUUUCAAUGUGUGUUGGAACUGGAAAUGUCCGCAGCUGGUUACGACCAGUCGUCAUUUCUUUGUAUUUUGUGGUUCUAUGUGUUGCACUUCCCCUCACUGUUUGGGAAUUGCACAGAUUCAGAGCUGAAACUCACGUGCAAGCCUGGUUUAUCGCAGGAUGUUUUGUUUUUUUGACAAUUCCCAUCUCCCUCUGGGGAAUUGUCCAGCAUAUGGUAAAUUAUACCAAACCAGAGUUACAGAGACGAAUUGUAAGGUAGGUGGAAAAAGGGGGAAUGUUUACCUUCAGUUUCUUUAAUCAAGAAUCAGCAUCAUACUAAUAUCGUAUACUGUUUUGGGGAAGGUCCAGAGGUCAGUAUUAAGACUUGUGACAACUGCCUUAGGUGGUUUCAUAAUUAAGGGAUGGUGAUGAACACUGAAAGGUCUCCAUGGUGAUCUGUCUUCGCAUGAUGACGACCUCCCUUUGAAAGUUUUGGAGACCUUCCAUAGGAGGUGUGGUGGCUGAACUCAACUGAAAUCAAGGGGUUUUAAAGGGAGCCCUUUGGAUAGAGUACUACCAACAGAGUAAGACCUUUACUGAUGCAAGAAAUGAUUUUUCAAUUUGUUUGUUCACAGAAUUAUUUGGAUGGUUCCAAUUUAUGCAACAGAUAGUGUAAGUAAAAGUUUUAAUUUGCUGUGUAACAUUCAUAAUCUGUGUUAGAAAGUAUAAUAAAGAAAAAAAAGGUUUGACAGGGAACUGAAUCUCAGACCUUCUUAUGUCUGGGUGGAUGCUCUGCCAAUGAGUUCCCAGUGGCAACAUCAUGUCUGGGAUUUUAAAAGUAUAAUAGUUAGUGUUCUCAAUCUUUUAUUUUAGUGGCUAGCUCUUCGUUUUCCAAAGGCAGCUAUAUACCUGGAUUCCCUGCGAGAAUGCUAUGAAGCUUAUGUGAUAUACAAUUUUAUGACAUUCUUGUUGGCAUACCUCAACAUUGAAUAUGACUUUGAAGAGAGACUAUCCCGCAAACCUCAAGUAAAUCAUUUUUUUCCAUGCUGUAUCUUGCCACCAUGGAAGAUGGGCAGGUGAGAAAAAUCUUGGAUUUUUCUUGUGAAACUCAAAUUAUUGAAUGUAACUAUACUUGAAUCCUAUAAAGUGCAUUUUGUUAUUAAUGAUUGCUGGAAAAUAUUUCUAUUCUUAUGAAAAUUGGAUUAUUCAUUUAAUCAAACUCCUGUACCUAACCACAUAGAACACGGAAUCAAAAUUGUUUCUUUGUAUCAUGAGACAGGUCAUGAUAACUUUUUUUAAAUAAACUUGUAGUGAUUGUUGUAUUGACUGAAUACUGCCAGUCUUCUUAAGGUGAUAAGAAAGAUUGGAUAUGCAUCAUCUUAUGAACCAUCAUGCUUUGCUGCAAUUGACUGGUAGAACUGAGCCUGUCAAAGCCUGAAUUUCCUUUGGCUUAUUUUUCUGCACUCUCUUCAGGUACAGUUCACCUGAAAUAACAAGUCAAAUUUUUCUUUUUCCAAGGACAUUGAUUAAUAGGUGUAAACAAGGUGCCUUAUCUUACACAGUUAUUAGAAUCCUGACAACUGCGAUUGCUUUGUAAGUAUCACAACUGACUUGCUAUUGUGUUUGCAAAAGUGUAUUUUGAGUUACAUUCAAACUCACUUUUCCCUUUCAUUUUUUCCUUUUUUUUGGCAGCUGUACAGAAUUAGCUGACAAAUACCAUGAAGGAGAUCUGAGCUUCAAAUCUGCAUGGAGUUAUAUUGUGGUGAUAAACAACUGUUCACAAGUGGUAUGCAUAUAUUUCUGGGAAGACUCUAACUUUGCUUAUUAUACUUAGGCCUGGCCUUAGGCCUGGCCUUGUUUGGCAGUCAAAAAUUGGUGUUUUUUUGUUUUGUUUCAGUGGGCGAUGUAUUGUUUGGUGUUGUUCUACAAAGCAGCUCAUGAUGAGCUGAAGCCUAUAAAACCCUUUGGAAAAUUUUUGUGUAUAAAACUUGUGGUUUUUGCAUCUUUCUGGUGAGUGAUUUUUAACAUGUUACAUCAUAAUUAAGCGAAAAAGUAGCUUUCUCUAUUUACUGGUAUCCAUGCAGGAGACAUCAAGGUUGUAGCUAGAAAUUUCUAAAGGGGGAUCCCAUUGUGUGACACCCAGACUACCUACCCUGUUGUCAUACCAACAUUCAUUUUGUGUUUUACUACAGACAAAAAUUUUCUCCUAGCCUCCCUCACUAAGAAAACAUUUCACGAAGAUAGAUUUAAAAUCACUGUUCCUUUAGACCUUACUAUAAAUUUGCAUUAGAAUUCUACAUUUUGUGUUUUAAAAUUUGUUUUCAUUCUUAGGCAGGGCGUCUUAAUCGCUGUUUUGGUUAAGGUAUGCCUCAAUACAAAUUAAAAUGUUCUUAUUAUUAAUUCAUGAUAUGGUUAGAACAGAAUGCCCCUCAAAAAAAGAAGAUAUUGUUCCUUGCAGAAUUGUCUUUGAGAUGGUAACUGAUCCUCAAAAAAAUUUGAACUAAUCUUGAGAAUGUUUUGUAGGUAAACAAAUGGGUUUGACAUGUCUAUGAGUCUAGUUUAGAAUUAAAUUGCAACAAAGUUUAUCACAAUGGCCAAUCAGAGAAUACUAAAAAUCACAAGGAACUAAUUAUAAAAUUGUUUUUGUAAAUAUUGUCUAUUACACCAAAAUGUGAAAGACCAAAUGAUGAUUGAUUUAUGUCUCGCAUCUGAUUGAUUGGGCAGAUGGCACAAGUUUCCUAUACCAAUCACAGGUCAAUGCAUUAAACCAAUUCAACACCAGAGUGAAAAUUUCCCUAUUGCACUCUGCUGCCUUUUUACCAUCCUACCAAAAAACAGAACCUGUUUUUUCUAUAGGUUGGGGUGAUAUCAGAGAAACACACUUGGGUCUUUUACACUGUGGAGGAUGUUGCCAGCGGCAUUCAGGUAAGGAAGGGUUCAAUAAAUGAAGUAUAAGAGUUAAUGAAUUGCCACUUGGGGAUUAGCGAUAGGGCAUGCGCUACAUGUGCUCUUUCUUGUCAUAAAUAGACUGUUCCUUUGAAAAUUGGAAUCAUAUGACAAGCUGAGUUAUGCACAUAUUUUGAUUGGCUUUUUCACAUGAUCUAUUUGAGGACAUUUGCAUAGACGGCAUCAGUAUUAACAGCAUUUUUUAAAAUUUUAUCAGGAUAUUAAACCAAAGAGAUUCCAUGUUGCCAUGGGUCUGUAACAAAAUAGAUCACAGAAGUUAUCAAAAAGGGUUAGAACAUAAGUGAAACACUUGGCUGCACCUUGUGUGCCUGUUUUUUGUUCUUUCCACAUUUUGACAUCACCUGUGAUAUAUUUCUGAACAAACACACAGUAAAAUUGAAUCUGUGGAAGCUUAGUCUCUAUGAAUCUAUGAUUAGUCUUCCCUUAAAAAAGCUUUUGUUGAAGGACCAAAUUCAACCAAUUGACAAGUGUAUUAUGAUGGUGUUCACAACAUGGAUUCCCUCUUAUGAAACCAAUCUUUGAUUGUCCCUGCUACUUAUCCCCUUUCUCUUGAAGAGAUGGUACAUCCUAAUGGUACAUCAUAAUCCUUGGCUGUGGCCCAGCUGGUUAAACCCUGACACAUCAAAAUAGCAAGCAGGAGUUUACAGACCAAAAUCAUAAGUGACUUAAAAGAACUUCAGAUCAAUAUCAGUAUCUGGGCAACUGCCCACCUACCCCUCCCCUAACCCAACAUUAACCCCAACUUGUUAUCAAUUGACUAUUGUUGAGGUUGGGGAGGGGUAGGUGGGCAGUUGCCCAGAUACCGAUAUUGAUCCAGAACUUCUGUAGCACCCAGGAUACUUCUACCUGGUUAAGUCCUGCUUUGAAAUCCAAAGACUGGUUCCUCUGAACAUGUUAUUAGCCACUACUAUCAGUUCCUUCCUUUUUCUGCUUUUAGACUCCUAACAUCAUAAAACUAACUUAUCCUAACCGAAUACCCCAAAUUUAUUACUUGGCUAACACUGAGAAUUAUGCAUUAUCUCCUAAUAAUGAAAAUUUUGCAGGCAGUUUGAAGACAAAAAUUUUUUAACCUAAUUAGGCAAUCACGUAAGCUACCUUACAGAUGCAAACUCCCUUUUUACUUUUGUUUUUAUAUAGGAUUUUAUAAUUUGCGUUGAGAUGUUUAUAUUUGCCAUCGCACAUUAUUACACCUUCUCUCACAAACCGUACGUGGAUCCAAAUUCACCCCCUCCCCCGUGCUGUUCGUCGUUUGUCUCUAUGUGGGACGUGACAGACGUUCGUGACGACCUCGUGCUGCAAGUGCAGAGCGUGGAGAGCACCGUGAGAGGUGCAGUCGACGUCGUGCGGAACAAACGUGGUCAAAACGCAACGAAGGGAAAGGGUAACAGUACCGAGGCAACGCCCUUGUUGACAAGACAGACCUCUGUGGAUUCAUCGUCUGAUGAAGCGCCCGUCAUUCCUUGAAAACUGCACGUUUCGAACGCUCGAUCAUGGCAAUUAAAGUAACUUAAUGUGUCAAGACUAACAAUGCGUCUCUCAGGUCGCGUUUAUACUAAUUUAAACGAAUUCGAAAAGGGAC